CAAACGGCUGUGCGGCGCAUGGUCACAGGCAACAGACUGAGGCUGAGUUACCCAGUUCCGAGUCAGAGAGUCGACUUGUCUAGAACAGAGUGUCCCUCCCGUCUGCCUGACGACUGAGCAUCAGCUGCCUGGCCUCAUCCCCCCGCCAGUCCUCACCAGCUCUCCCUCCCUCUCUCCUGUCUCCCCCACGCCCCAGCAACCAUCAGUGGAGCCCUACACCACCAUGAACACCUGUCAGGGCAUGAGAGGCUUCCCCAGGAGCCACCGGCCUCCCCCAUCGCAGACAGUCUUGUACAUGACUUUCGGGAUCGUGAGCGCCGUCUUGUUCAUGGUGCUGUCCCUGGCACUGACCCUGAUGAGGUUCUUCUUCCGGCACAACGGCAUCCACAACCUCGAAGAGCUCAGAGCCACCGAAAAGGUCAUCGCAAGCCGGAGGGGAGAGUUCGCCAGGCAGGGGGUGGUAGAUGAAACCAAACAGGAAUUCUUCAUCUGAUAGGGGAACACUACUGAAAGACCAGCAAGAACCUACUCCAAGGGCUGAUGGCAGAUGGCCAGUCUAGUGUUCCAGGUAAAUGGUAAACCUUACCCAUUACUACUUAAUAACUCCCUUUGUCUUUCUUUAUUGCUAUAUUGGGUAACACUACUUAAAGCCAUAUUUUUUGCAAUUUAUAAACACAUUCAUAACAAAUCAUUUUGAAUUCAUAAAGCAUUAUAUUCAUGGCUAGAAAUGUUCAU